GGAGUUUUGGGUGGGCUUGUAGCCCUAGGUGGCCAGUCUCAGGACCUUCCUGAGCCAGGGAGUGCUUGUCACUGAAGGAGUAUCCUGCCCCAGUCGGCUGAGCUGAGGGCCAGCAUGAGAGGCUGUCGGGCAGAGAACCAUGAAUAGUCCCUGUGCAAAGCUUGGGAACAGUGGAGCACUGGGCACAACUUGUGCCCUUUCUCCAAGGGCCUGUCCCUAGUUGGGAGGGGUGGAGCAACUUUGGAUCAGGGCGUGCAGUGCACAACAGCACCCCACUUGUGGAAGUAGGCCAUCUGUCCUGGGGUCAUUGGGAAUGGGAGAUGUCCCCUGCUGCCCUGGUCCCCUUUUGAGUGCUUGCUUGAGCACUGAGGACACUUCCAAGACCCCUCACAGGAGAGGGCAGAUGGGUCCUUACUCUGUCAUGGGCAAACUGAGAUUUGCCGCGUCUGACCCCUGUGCUGUGUGGGGGCCACUGACCAAAGGGAGUCCCAUAAAGCACAUGGGAACAGGGCAGCUGGUGAACCCUGAAGGGUUGCCUUCUACAUGGGUUUGGGUGGACGAGGACUAGGCAGGACACAGGUGAGCCAGCAGCCUUGCUACUUCCACAACCCUAGCUGCCAGGGACCUAAGAGGCCCACUAUCAUCCUCCCAAGUACCUCAAGCUUCACUCUGAGCUGGGCUCUUCAAGGAUUGGGUGGCCCAGCAAAAGGGUUCAGCAGCCCUGACUGGUCAGACUCCCUGGGGAGUUAGGGAGGGAUGGCAAAAGGGACAGUCAGUAGCUCCUGGACCACAGCAGGGCCUGCCAUGUGGGGCUCCUCCACACACUCCAGACCCCACAGGACAGACAGCAGGAAACUGCCUCCAUCUCAGCCUGUGCCCUGACCCCAGAGGGUAACCGUAGCCAGGAGAGGCCUGAUGGAGGAGACAGCUUGCUAUCCUGUCCUGGAGCACUCUAGGGCAGAGCUGCCAGAUAGGUGAGUGCAGCAUGGGUCCCAGGCCAGGUGUGGACACUGGAGAGUAAUCCCUGGGUCCACUACAGCUUUUGGCUCUAGCUUGAUCUUGGCUUCUGGGCAGUUGGAUGGGAGCGUAGGCAGGCAGCUCCAGGGGCCAGGGCGACCCCAAGGCAUCCACGUACCUGUGCUGUUCUUCCCAGAUCCCCCCCUCACCCUAGGCAGCAGCCUACUAGUGGACACUUUCCAAGGCUAGCCCAGAGAGGGUCAUUUCUGGAAUGCUUAGUAGGCUUACUUCCUGAGCAGCCACUGAACAGCCCCUUGUCACACCCACUCAACUGCUUUGUCAUCCCCACCCUUAACCAGCCCCUGCUAGCAGGGCCCAGAUGUGGCCCAGCAGGAAGAAAACUAAGCUGAAGACCAGCCUGUUGUGGUUGAGGUGAUGAAUGAACAGGGGCAGCUGGAAGGAGGAUUGGUCCUGCCCUGUUCUGACCAGCCAGGAGGAGGGUUGAAGGUCCACAGAGGCUUUUCCUGCAGGCCCUUGGGGUCACCCCACCCCCAUUGGUGGGACAUGGGGAAGAGGGAUCUCCAGAGUGUGGCCCCAGAGAGCCCACCUGUCCUGGCUGAACCUUAGUACCUCCAAGAGGUCUGAAGGGCAUUAUGGGGGCUUUGAGGGACCUCUGGGCAGGCCUGGGGGUGAAAAGGCACAGGACCACCCACGUGGAGCUCGCGGUGCUAUGAGCCACAAGUACCUGGGGCCGUUGGGUCAGCUUUGCAGUCCCAGCUGACAACCUGGGGUCUGACUGGGUCCUUAAGAGUAGAGGCUGGCAUGAGGACGUGGGUACUGUCUGGGGCAUCAGGGAAGCAGGUUUUUUCCUGGUGGGUCAGUCACUGACCAGGCAGCCCAAGACUGGGUGUGGCCUCCCAAGCCUCUCCUGGGGGAGGGCAGCUGUGAUUGAGCAGCCUCCCUCGGCCCCUGAGGUCUUAGGGGCUCCACAGCUGCUGUGACUACAGACACUAACCUGCCCCUGGCCCAGCAGAACAUAUGUCCAGGGACGUGGCCCAGGACCGGCAGACUGAGCUGCUGUCAAGUCUGGCAGGGCUGGAGGCCCAUUUAAGCACCAAACACGGGCUGGCCUACAGGGGAGCCGGAGGCCACUAGGGAUGUAGGAGGGUUUCACAGGGCAGUGCGUACCAGAGCUGUGCGAGCAGAGGCUCCUGGGAAGGUGGGUGGUGUGGGCAAGGAUCUGAUACAGGAGGGAGGGAGUGGAGCCUGAGCGGCCCCUUCCCUCAUGGCAACCUGGGGUCCAGAGGCACUAGCACCCACCAGCUCAGGGCCCCUGUGGUGGCCUUCGUCUCUAAGUGGCCUUCCCUGUGAGCCCCUUUCUGUGGGAUAAGCCUUCUGGGAGUGAGGAAUGAGGUGCUUGGCCCUUGCUGUCUGGUUGUUUUCCUGCAUGUACACUGGGGUCCUUUGUGCUGGGACCACUGUGUCUCUGGAGAUGCCCCAGGCAGAGCACACGGGUGGGGGCUGGGGUGGCAGGGCAUAAAUAUCGGAGGCGGGGCCUUUCACAAGCCCUGUCCUAACUGUGGCCACAGCAGGACCAGAAUGGAUCAGAAGGCCCUGGGGAGUGAGGGACACUGUCCUUGGAGCAGGAGGAGGUUGGUGACUUGCUGCAGUUCUGGGGCUGAAUGGAUAGGGGAGCCACCAGGGAUCCACUCAGGUCUGUGAGGAUGCCCUUGACUUUCAGGAAGGUUGGGACAGGAGCUGCGCUCCUAGGUGGGAGCAGGGCCAGGGUUCAGCCUGGAGACCUGGGCUAUCCUGAGCUCUCACUAACCCUGUGGGGCAUAGGGAAGGUGAUGUCCAGCAGAGAGGAUGGGGAGCUGUUGGACUUUGACAGGGUCCAGUGGGCUGGGAGUGCUGGGGGUUGUCCAGCUGGAGCCUUUGUGGCUGGAUGGGGUCCAGUGCAUACCUGCCUCCCCUCCAGGUGGUUGGUGCUGGGGUCUCCUUGUGUAGGUUGCUCGGCACUCCAGACGUGAUCUGAUUCCCUGGAAGGGACACGUACCAGGAUGGGGCUAUGUGCUAGCAGCCUUCCCCCCGGGCAGGGGCUUCCCUUGGGGAGGGCCCGUUGCUUUGUGGGGAUGCCCCUCAGCACGCACUGGGGAAGGGUUUCAGCUGGGUGGGGUUGGGGGUCUUGGUCAAUCAGGACGUCCUGCAGGAGGACCCUGGCCCCGUUGUGGGUGCUGUGGACUGUGCUGUUUCCUGCCCUCUGCUCAGCACAAAGGGGCGGAGGCCUCAGCUGAGUAUGCUCUCCUCUUCCUGGAGGCCAUCCAGUCAGCUUGUUUCUCCACCAGCCCUGUGGACAGGUUGCCUCAGCUCACACGUCCCAGAUCAGGUUGUGUGUGUGCCCUGGCCCCUCCUGCCCCUGCAGCAGCUACUGGGUCACCCUGGCCUCCUCUGUACUGGCAGCCUUUCUCUCAGCCUCCUGACUUUGACUCCCAGCCCCCUGGGUGGGCUCCAGUUCCCCCACACUCAUGCAACCCUGGCAGGUGCUGCCCCAGGUGUUCCUGCUGUGGCUCUCGUUCACCUCCAUUGUCUCAGGUGCCCUUUCUGCCUUGAGGCUGGGCCUGGCGGACACCUUGCAUGUGCCCAGUGAUCAGCAGUACCCCCAGCCCAAGGACCCCCAUUAGCAGGCGUCCACAGCUACCACCUGUGCAGGGCAUGGGCAUCUGGGGGUUCAAGGUCCUGUCGUCACUCAGUGCUCCAGCUGUGUGCAUCCACUGUGAAUGUGAACACAGGAGUGGGUGGGAAGGCCCCCAGUGCAGCCCCACCCCAUCCUUAGAACCUCCGCCUUGGGCAGCAGGGAACAGCAUCCACAGGUCCCCGGCUUCUGGGCCACUACAAGUGUCUGUGGGGCUAGCCUUCCUGGUUCACAGAGGCACAGAUGACAAACUGGCUGUGUGGUCAGUGAGGAGACUGAAGGUGGGUGGGUAUGUGGGAGAUAAAGGGCCAAAGUUUCUCCUCCUGCAGGUUGUGCACCAUGAACUGCCGAGGUCACUCCCACCUCCGCUUCUGCCUCUGGCUGUGGUUGGGUACCACAUUGGCACAUGGGCUGGGACAAGCGAGUGGCCACCUAAGGCUGACUGUGCUGCCUGAGGACCGGUUGCAGAUGAAGUGGAGAGAGUCAGAGGGGAGUGGCCUGGGCUACCUGGUGCAGGUGAAGCCCAUGGCAGGGGACUUGGAGCAGGAAGUGAUGUUGACUACCAAGAUCCCCAAGGCCACCGUGGGGGGCCUGAGCCCCUCCAAGGGCUACACCUUGCAGAUCUUCAAGCUCACUGGCUCCAGGCCUGUCCUGCUGAUGCGGAGGGAGUUUGUGAUUGAGGAUCUGAAGAGUAACUCCCUGGGCAGGAGCAGCUGGAGACCACCAGGUGCAGCUCUGGAGUCUACCCAAUCCCAUGUGGGAGCCCCAGACCCUGAGCAGGCCUCUGAUUCCAGAGUCACCUUCACCCCAAGCCAAGACCCUCCCAUUCUUGGAGUACCCGGCGUGGAUCAGCAGCAACUUAAGCAGAGCUGGUCCUGGGGCCCCAGGGUUCAGGACCCUGCUCAGUGGCCCCGGGACCUAGAGAGGCAGAGCCACGCUGUGCCCCUUGGCGGAAGGAGAGAGAAACUGGCUGGUCCCCAGUUCCGCUGCACACCCCCCACACCCACUGACAUGGUCUUCCUGGUGGACGGGUCCUGGAGUAUUGGCCGUGGCCACUUCCAGCAGGUCAAAGAAUUCCUGGCCAGUGUCAUCUCACCCUUUGAGAUUGGGCCAGAAAAAGUUCAAGUAGGCCUGACUCAGUACAGUGGAGACCCCCGGACCGAGUGGGACCUGAACUCCUUCCGCAGCAGUGGGGAGGUGCUGGCAGCCGUGCGUGGCCUCCGCUACAAGGGAGGGAACACCUUCACAGGCCUAGCCCUGACCCACGUGCUGGAGCAGAACCUGAAGCCUUCGGCUGGUCUCCGUCCAGAGGCAGCCAAAGUGGUGGUUCUGGUGACGGAUGGCAAGUCCCAGGACGACGUGCACACUGCUGCCGGUGUCCUCAAGGACCUGGACAUUGACGUCUUCACUGUGGGUGUAAAGAAUGCUGACGAGGCCGAACUGAAGGUCCUGGCAUCCCAGCCCCUGGACAUCACCAUGCACAACGUGCUGGACUUCCCCCAGCUGGCCACCCUGGCUGGCCUACUCAGCCGCCUCAUUUGCCAGAAGGUGCAGGGCAGGAGCCCGAGCAGGGCCCCAGUUACUCCAGAAGAUGCUCCGGCCCUGGACCCCCUCCCAGGGUCCAGCAGCCUGGUCCUGACCCAGGUCACCUCCUCCAGUGUCCACGUGUCCUGGACUCCAACCCCCCAACUGCCCCUCAAGUAUCUGAUUGUGUGGCAACUGUCCAGGGGUGGCACCCCCCAGGAGCUGGCGGUGGGAGGGCCCGUCUCCUCUGUGCAGCUUUGCAACCUGACCUCCAGCUCUGAGUACCUGGUCUCUGUGCUCCCUGUCUACAAGGACAGGGUUGGUCAGCGCCUGCAGGGCCUGGUGACCACAGCACCUCUACCUCCACCGCGGGCACUGACCCUGGUGAGAGCAACGCCCAGGACUCUCCACCUGGCCUGGCAGUCCUCAGCAGGGGCCACCCAGUACCUGGUUCGAUGCUUAUCAGCCUCCCCCGGGGGCAAGGAGGAGGAGAGAGAGGUGCAGGUGGGGCAGCCUGAGGUGCUGCUGGAUGGCCUGGAACCAGGCAGGGACUACCAGAUCCUGGUGCAGAGCCUGCGAGGGCCAGAGGCCAGCCAGGCCCAGAGCAUCCAAACCAGAACCUCUGCGCUGGCCCCACCAAGGCACCUGGGCUUCUCAGAUGUGAGCCACGACUCAGCCCGUGUGUCCUGGGAGGGCACCCAGAGGCCAGUGCGCUUGGUCAGGGUCAGCUACGUCUCCAGUGAUGGUGGUCACUCAGGGCAGACAGAGGCUCCUGGGAAUGCCACAUGGACUGCUCUGGGCCCCCUCUCCUCCUCUACCACCUACACCGUCCGCAUUACCUACCUCUACCUUGGCGGAGGCUCCUCCACACUGACUGGCCAUGUGACCACAAGGAAAGUGCCCAGCCCGAGCCAGCUUUCGGUGACAGAGCUGCCAGGAGAUGCAGUCAGGCUGGUGUGGGCAGCUGCAGCCUCAUCGGGUGUACUGGUCUACCAGAUCAAGUGGACACCCCUGGGAGAGGGGCAGGCCCACGAGAUCUCUGUCCCAGGAACCCUCAGCACAGCCGUCCUGCCUGACCUGGGGAGGCACACAGAGUACGAGAUCACCAUCCUGGCCUACUACAGGGACGGGGCCCGCAGUGACCCUGUGUCCCUCCGCUACUCCCCCUCUGCAGCAAGCAGGAGUCCUCCCUCCAGCCUGGCCCUGUCUUCAGAGACCCCCAACAGCCUGCAGGUCAGCUGGACAUCCCCAAGUGGCCAUGUCCUCCACUACCGGCUCACCUACGUGCCAGCCUCAGGCUCUGGACCUGAGCAAUCAAUCUCCGUGCCAGGGUCCAGGAGCCACACCGUGCUCCCUGACCUGCUGGCUGCCACCAAGUACAAGGUCCUGGUCUCAGCUGUCUACAGAGCAGGGGAGAGUGUGGCAGUGUCUGCUUCAGGCUGGACAGCAGCCUGCCCCGCCCUCCACCCGAACAGCUCUCUCCCAGGAUUUGACCUGAUGGCAGCCUUCGGCCUGGUGGAGAAGGAGCAUGCCUCUGUUCGAGGCGUGGCCAUGGAGCCCUCGGCCCUGGGCAUGACCCCGACCUUCACGCUCUUCAAGGAUGCCCAGCUGACACGACGGACUCGUGACAUCCACCCGGUGGCCCUGCCGCCUGAGCACACCAUCGUCUUUCUCGUGCGCCUGUUCCCUGAGACGCCCCGCGAGGCCUUUGCACUGUGGCAGAUGACGGCCGAGGACUUCCAGCCUGUCCUUGGAGUUCUUCUGGAUGCUGGCAGAGGGUCACUGACCUACUUCAACCACGACCCCAGAGCUGCCCUGCAGAAGGCCACCUUUGACCUGCAGGAGGUGAAGAAGAUUUUCUUCGGGAGCUUCCACAAGGUGCAUGUGGCUGUGGGACACUCCAAGGUCAGGCUGUAUGUGGACUGCCAGAAGGUAGCUGAGAGACCCAUCGGAGAGGCUGGCUCACCCACCUCUGGCUUCGUCAUGUUAGGGAGGCUGGCCAAGGCCAGGGGUCCCCGGAGCAGCUCAGCCACGUUCCAGCUUCAGAUGCUGCAGAUCGUGUGUAGUGACACCUGGGUAGAUGAGGACAGGUGUUGUGAGCUUCCUGCUUUGAGGGACGGAGAGACGUGCCCUGCCUUCCCUUCUGCCUGCACCUGCUCUUCAGAGACUCCUGGGCCCCCCGGACCCCAAGGCCCUCCAGGCCUCCCUGGGAGGAACGGCAGCCCAGGAGAGCAGGGCCUCCCAGGGCCCAGGGGAGAGCCAGGGCCACCAGGACAGACAGGACCUGAGGGCCCUGGAGGCCAGCAGGGGUCACCCGGGACCCAGGGCCACACAGUCCAGGGACCUGUGGGUCCGCCAGGAUCAAAAGGAGAGAAGGGGGACCAGGGACUACCAGGCUUGCAGGGCCACCCUGGCCAGCAAGGGACCCCUGGGAGAGUUGGCCUCCAGGGACCAAAGGGAACAAGAGGACUGGAGGGACCUGCUGGACGGCCUGGCCCCCCUGGCCCAAGGGGCUUCCAGGGCUCAGCAGGGGCCAGGGGCACCAACGGGGAGCGAGGGCCUCCAGGAGCCGUGGGGCCUACGGGGUUGCCGGGCCCCAAAGGGGAGCAAGGAGAGAAGGGUGAGCCUCAGUCCCUGGCCACCAUCUUCCAGCUGGUGAGCCAGGCCUGCGAAUCAGUCAUCCAGGCACACGUGCUAAGACUGGAGUCCUUCUUCCAUGGAAGCACCAGGCCCCCGAUGCCCAUCUUGGUGGAGGCAGUGAAGCCAGGGGGGCACAGGCACCCAGGGUCCCCUGGCACACACAGCAAAGCCCUGCUUCCUGGAGAACAGGCACAUGGGGGACACCACCCUGAGGGCCGAGGUGAGCCCUCAGCUGGUGGUCAGACGGGCAGCACUGGGCUGCAGGGGAGCCAGCCUCCAGGACUACUGGAAGGCACAGGACGUUCCUAGUGCUGCCCCAAGUAACCCUACACCUUCCACCUCCAUGGAGACAUUGAGCAGACCCUGUCCUGAAGAAGCCUAGGAGAACCUCAAGAAGAACCUGGGCAGAAGCAGAGGGAGCCAGGAGGCUGCAGCUUGUCCAGGCCCUCUCUCUGUAGC